AUGGCAGGGACAGAGAUUUCUGAACCAGAGAACACAGAGGGCAGCGCAUGUCCCAGCGUACAAGAGCUCGAGCAGCUCCUACAGACCGGGCGGGUUUCCUGCAACCACGUGGAUGAAGUCUGGCCAAACCUCUUCAUUGGAGAUGUAGCUACGGCAAAUAACCGAUUUGAGCUGUGGAAAAUGGGUAUCACCCACGUCUUGAAUGCAGCCCACGGUGGGAUGUACUGCCAAGGGGGAGCCGACUUCUAUGGCAGCAGAGUUCACUACUUUGGAGUGCCCGCCAGUGACCUCCCCAGCUUUGACAUCAGUGUCUACUUCUCUUCUGCUGCGGAAUUCAUCCAUGGAGCCCUGAGCACGCCUGGAGCGAAGGUCCUGGUGCACUGCGUGGUGGGGAUGAGCCGCUCAGCCACCCUGGUUCUGGCCUACCUCAUGAUUCAGCACCGGCUCUCCCUGGUCCAGGCCAUCGACACUGUGAAGGAACGCCGCUGGAUAUUCCCCAACCCCGGCUUCCUCCGGCAGCUGCGUGAGCUCGAUGGGCAACUCCGGCACCCAAAAGACCAGUGACCAGACCCUCCGAGGGAUGGGGUGGCCACAUUCGGCUCUCAAUCUUUGCUCGGUGGCACGGAAGUUUGUUGUCAAGCUGCAGCAAGAGUGAGGGAAACGUCUAUGAAGGCCACACCAGGCUGGGGGGUUCACCACUGUUGCGACUUGGGAAGGUGAACCUGAGGUCCCAGACCACAUGCCCAGGCUGGGCGAGAUGAGGGCAAGAGCGGAGACUGAGUCCCUAGGGGGUGAGAAGUGAGACUGCAAUUCCAGAUUAAGGCAUCAUGGGCAAACUGCCCAUUCUAAACAUCCCCUAUCCUUCCCUCCCGAUGGUCAGUCGUGAUCGAAGCUAAACCCAUCAGAGUCCCCUCUUGUUAUGUUUUUGGUUUUAGGAAACCCUAAGACUACCUAUGUAGAGACAAUCGGAACCAAGAGCCACUGAGGUUGAAUGGGUUUUUGGUUUGGCCUUGUUAGGGUUUCGUUCUUCUAUAUUCACAAGUCUCUCACCUCACCGUAGAUAAAUCAAAGACAAAAGUAAUAAAAAUAAAAGAGAAGAUCCA